GUUUCAUAUCUUCUGCCACCAUGGGGGCAACACGGGUGCUUGUGGCUGUUCUGACCUUGGUGUCUUGUUUUUUCAGCUGUGGUGCCCAGAAAACAGAGUGUAUAAAGGCCACCACAGCAGACAUUGUGUUUCUUGUGGAUGGUUCCUCAAGCAUUGCUCAUGAUCAAUUUAAAAAAAUGAAGCAUUUUCUACACACCUUUGUGGAUGGCCUUGAUAUCGGCAUCCACAAGGUGCGCAUAGGACUGGCCCAGUUCAGUAAUGAUCCUCAUCAGGAGUUUCUCCUGGGAGAGCACAUGGAGAAAAAAGCUCUCCUGGAGCAGAUAGACAACUUGAUACACAGGGGAGGGGGCACUAAAACUGGAAAGGCCCUCCGAUUCCUCCAGUCUACCUACUUCACUGAGGCUGGGGGUAGCCGGGCUAGUGAGAAUGUCCCACAGAUCACUGUGGUGAUCACAGAUGGCAGCUCCUCUGAUGAAGUUGAGGUUCCUGCUCAGGAGCUCAGGAAGCAUGGUGUCAUCAUCUUCGCCAUUGGCAUUGGGGAGGCUAAUGAAGAAGAACUCCAGAAGAUCGCCAACAGCCCACACAAGCACUUCGUUAUCAGCAUUGACAACUACAAUACACUGCAGAAGCUGACUCGUAGUUUCAAACGAACUGUGUGCGCCACCGUGGAAGCACUGAUACAAGAUCCAAAAUCUGCUGAUGUGGUCAUCCUGGUGGACAGCACAGCUGACAUAGGAAAGGUGAAAAACCUCCUGAACCGAUUGGUCAGCCAGUUGAAUGUUGGCAGUGAGGCACACCGGAUUGGCCUGGCACAGUUUGGCUCUGACAGUCAGGAGGAGUUCCGGCUGAACCGGUAUCAAACCAAGGAUGAGGUCCAGCUUCAUUUAAGGAACAAGUUCCGACUGCGGCCUGGGAGGGAUCGUCAUUUAGGGAAGGCCCUGGAGCAUGCUCGCGUCACUUUCUUCAACACAGAUGCUGGCAGCCGGAUUGCUGAAGGCUUUCAGCAGUUUCUGGUGGUCAUCACCGCUGGGGAGUCAGAGGACAAUAUGGAGAGGGCCGCAGAAUCAAUUAAAUCUGAUGGGGUGACUGUCAUCUCCAUUGGACUACCUAAAUCCAACAGAGAGGAGCUGGAGCUUAUGGCCUCAUCACACUAUGUGUUCCAGAUUCCAUCACAGAACAUUGUAGGGAUAUCCCAGGAGAUAAAAAGUAUCAUUGAAUCUGAGAAAGCUGAUGGACUCGCAGCAGGGCCUUCAGAUUGCAGGUUAGCCCAAAUGGCUGACAUUGUUUUCAUUGUGGACCAGUCCACCAGCAAAGGAUUCCAGCUAGUUCGACAGUUCAUCUCCCUCAUUGUAGGUGGCCUUGAUAUUAGCUCCACGAAAGUGAGGGUGGGUAUCGUCCUGUACAGCGAUGCUGCAAAAGCUGUCAUUUACCUGAACAGCAUUAAAGAGAAGGAUGAUAUUCUGCAGUUCAUUAAAAUGCUGCCAUACCAAGAGGGUAGCACUAAGACUGGCGCUGCCUUGGACUUUACCCGUGAAUACAUGUUCAGCAAGAGUACAGGGAGUCGGAAGGGGGUGCAGCAGCUGGCCAUUGUCAUCACUGACCGCAAGUCCCAGGAUGAUGUCAGCAUUGCCUCGGUGGCCCUGCGCCGCACAGGGGUUACUGUAUAUGCUAUAGGGGGGAAGGAUGCUGAUCCUAAUGAACUGAAGCAGAUCGCCUCCCACCCUGCCCGGGAGUACGUCUUCAAGGCUGACAGCCUACUGACGCUUCAGACAGAUCUUCAGAAGCUUUUAUGUCAUGACAUCGUACAAACAGCAUUUGUUGAUCCAGUCACAAGAUUCAAUCUGAAAACAGGCUGUAGUCAGCUGGAGGCAGCAGACAUUUACUUCUUGAUUGAUGAGUCUGGGAGCAUCGAGGAAGAACCGUUCAAGGACAUGCAAAAGUUCAUCAAAGAGUUUCUGGGCACUUUCACAAUUGGGCCAGACUAUGUACGGGUUGGAGUGGUGAAAUUUGCAGAUAUCCCCAAACUUCAAUUUAGUCUGACAGUGCACACCACUAGCAGUUCCCUGGAGACCGCUGUGGACAAUGUCCCACGGGAUGGUGGGGGGACAAAUAUUGGGAAAGCGCUGACCUUCAUGGCCCCACUGUUCAAAGAAGCCUCCGAGAGCCGGGGCGAGAAGGUGCGAGAGUUUCUCAUCGUCAUCACUGAUGGGAACUCCUCUGACUCUGACCCGGUCAAGCAGCCAGCAAAAGAGCUGCGUGAUCAGGGUAUUACCAUCUAUGCCAUUGGAGUGAAGGAUGCUAUCGAGGAUGAGCUGCUGCAGAUUGCUGGUUCUCAAGAGAGGAAGUUCUUUGUCAAUGACUUUGCUGCUCUGACAUCCAUCAAACUUGAGAUUGUCAGAGACAUUUGCUCUGAAGCAGUUUGCAAGGAUGUGGAAGGAGAUGUUUUGUUCCUGAUUGAUGGUUCAAGUAGCAUCCGCCACACUGAAUUCGAGAAGAUAGGGAAGUUCAUGCAGUCUCUAGUGGACAAGACUGAAAUAGGUUCUAGCAAGUUCCAUGUAGGUGUCUUGCAGUUCAGUAAUAAAUCGCAAGAAGAAUUCCGCUUGGACAAUUCCUAUGACAAAGGGAGAAUUAAACAGGCUAUCAGCUCCAUUCGCCAGUUGAAAGGAGGGACUCUCACAGGACAGGCACUGUCCUUCAGCUCACAGUACUUUGAGUCACCCAAGGGAGGGCGUUUAAAUGUUAGGAAGUUCUUGAUUGUGAUCACUAAUGGUAAGGCCCAUGAUGACGUAGCAAAGCCAGCUGCAAAGCUGAGAAACAGUGGUGUAAUCAUCUACUCAAUUGGAGUGCUCAACGCCAACAACACUCAGUUACAGGAGAUCAGUGGAUCCCGGGAAAGGAUCUUCCCUGUGAAGGACUUUGACAGUCUCCAACCUUUAAUAAAAGACUUUCACUAUAAACUCUGCCACCCUGAGCCUGACUGCAAGAGGACCGGGGUUGCAGACAUAAUCUUUCUAGUGGAUGGUUCAACCAGCAUUUCCAACGUUCAGUUCCAGAGCAUUAUAAAAUUCAUGACAUCAGUGGUCAAUAACACAGAUGUUGGGGAAAAUGGUACAAGGUUUGGAACCAUCUUGUACUCUAACGAAGCCAAAAGCAGUUUUACUUUGAACCAGUACUACACCAAAAGAGAAGUUCGAACAGCUAUUGCCAACCUGGAGCCACCUACUGGUGACACAUACACGGCCCAGGGCUUGAAGUACUCACUAGACUUCUUUGAACCAAAACACGGUGGCCGUGGUGCUGAGAAAAUUCCUCAGAUCCUGAUGGUGAUCACAGAUGGGGAGGCCACAGAUCCAGAUGAUCUUCCAGUGUGGUCCACGGCAGUGAGGGAGAAGGGCAUCAAUAUUUACAGCAUUGGAGUGGAAGGAGCUAAGGAGGAGGAACUGGAAGUCAUGGCAGGGGAUCCAAAAAAGGUCUCCUUUGUGACAAGUUAUGAAGCCUUGGAGGUGCUCUACAAAAACCUGUCCAAUAUGCUGUGUGGUGAAACAAAACCAGUGUGUGACAAGAAGACUGAUCUGGUUAUACUUAUGGAUGGAUCCAAUAGCAUUGAUCCAAACGAUUUUACAAAGAUGAGGGACUUUGUGUCAAAACUGGCAGGCAGAUUCCGGGUAAGCCAGGAAAGUGUGAGAAUAGGGAUUGCGCAGUUCAGCGAUAAGCAACGUGGACACUUUUAUCUUAACCAGUACGACAGUAUAACCAAUGACAGUAUCCAGGCCAUAGAUCAAAUUACGGGGGAAGAAACAUUGAUCGGCGGCGCUCUAUACUUUAUAAGGCAGUUCUUUCAGUCUUCCCAUGGCUGCCGGAUUAACCAGAAUGUACCUCAGAACCUGCUGGUCAUCACAGAUGGGGACCCCCAUGACGGGACUCGCGUAGAGCCUGAAGCCAGGGUCUUAAGGUCCAUGAACAUAAAUGUGCUUGCCAUCGGUGUGGGUAAUAACAUCACUAUGCAGACUUUGAAGAAUAUUGCGGAGUCCGACGACAGGAUUUUCACUGUUGACCAAUUUGACGUGAUGAAGAAGAUCGAGGAACGUUUGGUGGAAACCAUAUGCGAUCCCCCUCAGAAGCCUGAAGUCUGCUCUGUGGACAUUGGAAUUGGAUUUGACAUGUCCCAGAGGGCCCAAUCUGCUCUGCAGAAGUUUAAGGCAUACUUUCCUGACAUCGUCCGAUAUGUAUCCUCCCUGGGUGAACUCUGCUGCCUUGAAGACAAAAGAAUAAAGCCCAGAAUUGGCUUCCUGGUGGUUGAGGAGGAUGGGAGGGUCAUUGACGAUUAUAAGUUUGAGUUGUAUAAUGAGCUGGUGAUCCAGAAGGUGGUGGCCCUGGCGACCUCCAGGACAACCUUCUUUAAUGUGCAGUUGCUGCAGGCCUUCUCUAAAAAGUUCCAGGAACAAUCCCGCGCUGGUGUGAAGAUCCUGAUCAUAUUCACAGAUGGAUUUGAUGUCGACAUUAAGAAGCUAGAGGCAGAAUCAGACCGCCUCAGAAGAGAAGGAAUCCAAGCAUUGCUGUUAGUUGGUUUGGAGGGAGUCCGGAACCCCAGCGAUCUUCAGAUGGUUGAAUUUGGAAGAGGUUUCGGCUACAAGCAGCCCCUGUCUAUCGGCAUGCAGAAUGUAGCCAGUGUCAUGUUAGAGCAAAUCGACACUGUAGCAGGACGAGAGUGCUGUGGGGUGAUUUGUGAGUGUCACGGUCCGGUGGGGGCCCAUGGUCUAAGGGGGUCGCCAGGAAGAAAGGGUGAGCCAAGUCAAAACGGUCACCAUGGAUUCCCUGGAGAAGAAGGAGGGAUUGGUGAAAGAGGUCCACCUGGAUUGAAUGGAACGCAAGGGUCACAGGGCUGUCCUGGGAAAAGAGGAAUCAAGGGAUCAGCAGGCUACUGGGGCUACAGAGGAGAAGAUGGAGAUCAUGGACUAGAUGGGGUCCAUGGAGAGCAGGGUGCGACUGGAUUGCCAGGUGUCCCAGGAGAGAGAGGAAGUCCAGGCAGCCCAGGCCGCAGCGGCAUCCGAGGGGAACAUGGGGACAGAGGUCAGCCUGGUCUGAGAGGGGACCCUGGGAGGCCUGGUGAGGAUAACACAAUCCCUGGUCGGAAGGGUGAAAAUGGAGACUCAGGCAUACACGGAGAUGAAGGAAAGGAUGGCCUUCCUGGAGAAAAUGGUAUUCCAGGAAAUAAAGGUGCUCAGGGAAGAAGAGGUCUACCUGGAUAUCAGGGGGAGAAGGGAGAGCCAGGAGAGCUGGGGCUUCCAGGGAGCCCCGGACCCACUGGUCCACAGGGUGAGAGAGGAUUAAGGGGUCUCUCUGGACAAGGUGGAGCUCUUGGUCUUCCUGGGUCACAGGGAAAACCUGGUCCAGCAGGUGACGAAGGAUUGCCUGGAAGUCGUGGACCCCAUGGACAGAAGGGCCAGCCAGGAGAUGUUGGAGGGAAAGGAGCAGUCGGACCCCCGGGGCCAAGAGGAAUGCUGGGCCUUGAUGGCAGAAAUGGAAUUCUUUUGCCUGGACCUAAAGGAAAGAAGGGAGAACCCGGCUUCCCAGGUAAUCCUGGACACCGGGGAGAAGAUGGAACCCAAGGGAAAAAUGGAGGUCAAGGUCCCAAAGGAAACCGUGGCGCAAGUGGGAACUCAGGCAGGCCAGGUGAACAUGGAGAACCUGGAGCUUCAGGACCUCCUGGACACCCGGGGCCUAGAGGAUCAGCUGGAAACAGAUCAAUGUCUGACUGUCAACUGGUCAAUUAUAUCAGGGAAAAAUGUGUUUGCUGCCUUGGUCGGACAGAAUGCCCAGUUUAUCCAACCGAGCUGGUGAUUGCCCUGGACAUGUCUCAGGAUGUCACUACACAGAUCUUUGAAAGAAUGCACGAGGUGGUGGAGACUCUGCUAGGGAAGGUGUCCAUUGCUGAGAGCAGCUGUCCCACUGGGGCCCGUGUGGCCAUCCUGUCUUAUAGCUCCAACACCAAGUACCUUAUCCGCUUCUCUGAUUACCACCGCAAGCAUCACCUACUAGAGGCAGUGAAAAGCAUCCCCCUGGAGAGGACCUCUAACCGCAGAAACAUUGGGGCAGCCAUGAGGUUUGUGGCCCGCAACGUGUUCAAGCGAGUCCGCCAAGGGGUGCUGAUGAGGAAGGUAGCAGUCUUCAUCACCAACGGGCCGUCCCAGGACAUGAUUUCAAUCACCACGGCAGUGCUUGAGUUCAAGGCCCUCGAUAUCACCGCCGCAGUCCUUGCUUUCAGAGAGCCUCCCAACGUCCGCCGUGCUUUUGAGGCUGAUGAAACCAGGAGCUUUUUGCUCACAGUCAAGAGACCAGAGGAGCAGAUGCCUGACCUGAGGCAGGUGCAGCAAUGUGUUAUCUGCUAUGACCCUUGCAGCCCUGAUGAGGCCUGCGGGGGCAUCAAUCUGGUACCGGUGCCUCUGAAGUUGGACAUAGACCUGGCAUUGAUGGUGGAUAGCUCACGCAACAUGCAGUCGGACCAGUACGAGGGCAUGAGGCAGCUUCUGGGCUCUGUGUUGGAACAGAUCGCGAUUAGCACUCAGCCUAAUGGGCCCAACAACCAAGCAAGGGUAGCUCUGGUGCAGCACAGCGCAUCCAGCUACCCCCCCAGGGAAGGCCAGGUGCCAGUAAAGGUGGAGUUUGACCUCUUGGCCUACAAGGGCCGCAACAAAAUGAAGACACAUGUCUUCCAGUCUAUGCAACAGAUCGGGGGAGCCUCAGGGUUAGGCCACGCCAUAGAGUGGACCAUACAGAACAUCAUGCUCAAGGCUGGCAAUCCUCGCAAAACCAAGAUGGUCCUGGCCAUCGUUGGAGGGGAGACCAGCUCCUGGGACAGAGUUAAACUGGACACCAUUGCCCUGCAAGCAAAGUGUCAGGGUGUGGUGGUUUUCAUCCUCACUGUAGGUGAUGAAUUCAAAGUAGAGGAGAUUGCAAGCUUCCCUUUGGAGCAGCACAUAGUACACCUGGGUCACAUCAAGCAGGGUGAACAAGAGUAUGCUCAAAGAUUCCUCAGAGCCUUCCUGCAAAUUUUGAAAAGAGGAAUAAAUACAUAUCCCUCAGCCACCCUUCAAAGGCAAUGUGAGCAUAUAAGGAUGCUGAAUGACCAGGGGGAAGCACUGGAAGGCCAGGCCGUUGACAGGGUCCUGGUACCCAGUAUUCCUGUGUUGGAGGAAGGUGAAGAGGUGGACUACAUAGAUCAGGCCAAACCACAGGCAGCCUUCACAACCACUGUUGCGGAGGAAUUUGAAAGCCAGCCAAGCCCAGGACGUGGAGAUGAGAAUGGGUUCUCCACACGCACCGGUCUGUGUUCCCAACGGCAAGAUAUAGGGAGCUGUCACAACUAUAUCCUGAAAUGGUACUUUGACAUGGAACGAAAUGAGUGCACCCAAUUCUGGUACAGUGGGUGUGGUGGGAACGACAAUAGGUUUGAGACUCAAGAGGAGUGUGAGGCGCUCUGUCUGACAGUACAAUAAAGGGGACUACAGAACCAGUUAACUUUAAGCAAUUAAAUCACACCACAAACAAGGAUAUAUUUACAGUUGCAAUCAGAAAAUCUUGUUUAUCAAGAAUUGUGGGCACUAUGGGAAUUAUGCCUGUGAAGAUGACUGUUAAUGGUUAAAUGGGAUGUUUUGCUUAAUUUUUAUAGUUUUAUUUUUUUUAAGCCCCUGUUAACCCUUGGCCAAAAACAUAUGUACCGUCUAUGACAUCAUAAAAACCCUGACAAUAUAUCUAUGUAAAAGACUAUCUUUUGAUUACAAUCAAUGUUAUAGACCGGGACAAUCAACAGUUUUUAGAAAAGGAGAUUUAUUCUUGAAAUAUAUUCCAAAACUCAAUGAAUAAAAUCUGACAAAAUAAAAAUUCUGCGGCAUGAAUAUAUAUAUAUGGAGAAAUAUUGUUAAUAAAUGUAUGUAGAAAAUCUAGGUUUCUUGGCUGGAUGUAGAGACAAAUACUGUAGUAUCUCCCACAAAAACAAGAGACAGCACUAGUGAAAUAUGUUAAUAUACAACAAAUCUCUUUAUGGCCUGAAUAUUAUUAGGGGUUUCACACUAGCUGAAAUUCUCAAACUGAAGAGUGCAGUACUCCAGUAGUACUGUACAUUGAUUGUUGAAAAAUAUGAGAAACAAAUUGCCUGUUGCAACUUACUGUUGUGUUUUUCAUGAGUGUAAAUGUUAUAUUGUCUGGUUUUAGGAAUAUUGGGCUCCACUCGCAUGAACAGCUUUGUUCUGAAAUUGCUCAUAUGAGUACAGUUGGUACAUUACAUUACACUUCUUCAGUUUAAAUACACCCACAUAGCCAUAUUUUUUUCUAUAUCAAAUAAAUAAUAAACUUCAUAAUGUACUGUAUGACCAUUACCUCUAUCCUAUUUCAUAGUGGUAUUUGACUGUUGUGCCGCAUUCAAAAUCUGAAUGUAUCAACAUAUUGAUAUUAAUUUAAAUUGGCUACUGAGGCUAUUGUAGGCCCUAAAAUAUCAAUAAAAUGAAAUAAUUUCUAAUAUA